AUGAACUUCUUUGAUCUUCCUUUGGAGAUUCGAGUCAUGGUAUAUGAAAACAUUCUGCAAGAGGAGCACCACUUCUUCCGCGACGGCGUACCAGGUCUACUAAAAACUCGUCUCCAAAUCACCCAAGAAGUGUACUCGCUCUGCAAAAUCACCGCAACAGUCAGAUCCGAGGUUGCACCACUAUACAUGAUCGAUCUGCUAGAUAUCGAGACAAGAGUUGCCAAAUUCAAAUCUCGACAAGGCAACAAAGGCAUCGUCGUACGCUUGCUUUGCAGACCGGAGCUCCCAAGCGACUUCAUGACAUCCAUGGAGCACGACAUAUUGACCAAAGCCAUGGGUAUCAAUACGACCAUCGUUUACACUCGUGGCGACGCAUACGCCAUACACGUACAAGGCUUUUCAAGGUUCUUAAGAUAUCCGCAAAUACCUUCGGUCUCGUGGUCAGCCAUGACCGAAAGGUUGAGUACGUGGAUACGUAUUCAGAACAGCACAGGACUCUUGGAAUCCAAAACCGCGUUCUGUGACAUUCUGGUAGAGAAGUGUCUGCGCAUCACUCAAAGCGGUGGCUCUUAA